GAAGACUUAACAUACGCACAAGGCGGUACCGCUUAGCACCUAGCAAGAUGGCGACCACCUAUCUCGCCUAGWAUCUACUGAGGCCUUUCCAGUAGUAUUUCAGCGAAAAGGCCCAUUGAACCCCUCCCGGUGGCGCCUCUGCUGUCUUCUGUUUUCUUUAGAGUAACUAUUAAUAUUUUCCACUGUUACCUUCGGUUCAGUUUUCCUCCACRGAGAAGGAACCGAGUUUCCGGUGGCCGCCGCAGCACAGGUUGAGCGGGCGGAGCUUAAACCMACAGGGCGGGCCACGUGAACGCGACUGGAGCUGAGAUCACCGGCUUCCAUAAUGACCGUGUCCUCUCACAGUGUGGGAGCAGUUCUGAGCUCCCGGAUGUGUUAAAAGUUUAUAAACUGCGGGCUGUCAAACAGAAUUACAAAUGAGCCACGACUUAUUUUGAGUUUUAUUUUUUUUCCUGCUGUUCGGGACGAGCGGAUGUGCGGUUAAACAUCUGGAGCUGAACCUUUCGGCGGCACACGCAACAGGAGUGCGAAASUUUCCGAGCGCCGCCGGGGACGACAGGUCCGCGUGAAGAUGCUCCAGAAUGGAGAAGAGAAAGAAAGCCCGCAGCAAGAAGCAAAAMCUGAAGAAACCGAGCCGGACUGUCAGCCCGACGACCAGMAGCAGCAGCAGCAGCAGCCUGUGCCCCCGGCCGAGGAGAAGACCGUGACGGACACCGGGUCCACACACUUCCCCCUGCCGGUUUAUCCCAAACUGGAGAUCAAACGCAACGCGGUGACUGAUGAUUAUAAGAUCUCCAGCCAGGUUCUGGGUUUGGGGAUCAACGGUAAAGUCCUGGAGUGCUUCAGUAAGAAGACGGGAGAGAAGUGCGCCCUGAAGAUCCUCUACGACAGCCCCAAGGCGAGGCGAGAGGUGGAGCUUCACUGGCGGGUGUCAGGAGGGCCGUACAUUGUUCGCAUUCUCAGCCUGUAUGAGAACAUGUAUCAUGGGAAGAAGUGCCUCCUUAUCAUCAUGGAGUGUAUGGAGGGUGGAGAGCUGUUCAGCAGGAUCCAGGCCAGAGGAGACCAGGCCUUCACUGAAAAAGAGGCGUUUGAGAUCAUGAGGGACAUUGGCACAGCCAUCCAGUUUCUCCACAACAUUAACAUCGCUCACAGAGACAUCAAGCCAGAGAACUUGCUGUACACCAAUAAAGGUAAAAAUGGCGUCCUGAAACUGACGGACUUUGGUUUUGCUAAGGAGACAACGCUACACAACUCUCUGCAGACCCCCUGUUACACACCUUACUAUGUGGCUCCUGAGGUUUUGGGUCCAGAGAAGUACGACAAGUCCUGUGACAUGUGGUCUCUGGGUGUCAUCCUGUACAUUCUGUUGUGUGGCUUCCCCCCUUUUUACUCCAACACCGGUCAGGCCAUUUCUCCUGGAAUGAAGAGGAGGAUCCGGAUGGGCCAGUACGAGUUCCCUACUCCAGAGUGGUCUGAGGUGUCGCAAGAAGCUAAAGAUCUGAUCCAACAGCUGCUGAAAACAGACCCUAAUGAGAGAAUGACUAUCACUCAGUUUAUGAACCACCCCUGGCUCAACCAGUCCAUGGUGGUUCCCUCCACUCCACUUCACACCACCCGUGUCCUGAAUGAAGAGAGGGAGCUGUGGGACGACGUGAAGGAGGAGAUGACCAGCGCUUUAGCGACCAUGCGCGUGGACUACGACCAGGUGAAGAUCAAGGACCUGGACACGUCCAGCAACCCUCUCCUCAACAAGAGGCGGAAGAAGGCCGCCGCGGGGGGCAAGAGCGGCUCCACGGUCUGCCAAAGCCAGUGAGCUGAGGAAGACGUCGUGUGGGAGACCUCGCCGAGCUCCACCCGCGACGAAGACGAGCGUCUGUGGAUAAGAAGGAAGAGUUUAUAUUUCGUAGGAUGAAGUGAUUUUAGAGGGCUGCUCUGAACUUCUGAGACACUGCACAUGAAAAAGGAACACCAGUAGCAAAUCUGCACUUUUUGUUUUUAGCAGUCAGUAGUAGAAACCAGCAGCUCUGCUCACUGUGAGCAUUUUCAUCCUUUUUAUCUGUGAGGUUUUUGUUUUUUUGUUUAGAAUUAGCUCCUUUAUAAGAGUGUCUGUGUGCAGACGUGAAGUAUUGUUUGUGGAUCUGAAUGCUGGAUUUCCUACAACAUAAAUCUUUGUAAUUAAGUGCGCAGACCAGCCAUAAUAAGAGAAAGAGCCCAACGAUGGACGGACUGUGAAACACACUUUGUUGCUUCUGUUGUCUUAUUGUUGCCUUUCUGCAGCUCUCCUUUCAGGACUCAAUCACAGUUUUCUCAUUAAAUGUAGCCUUCACACUGACCUGAAGAGGAAGAGAUUUUUACUGAAGUGACAAUAAAAAAAAAGGCAUCACACUCA